GCCGCUUGUUUACGCACUGUACAGCGUGAAUUGUAAUUGGUCCGAAGUAUGGGACGUCUCGUAUGAUUUGGCAUCGUCAUACCCGGUAGAAUGAUGGAGAACUAGCCAGCUAACUAUAUGCUAACGUUAUGUUGAAACAGAUAAGCAAUUCAAAAUUUACCCAUUUCUGAAAACAAGUGAGGAUGGCUUCGUACUUUGAGGAACACGACUGUGAACCAACGAAUCCUGAAGAACAGUAUCGUCAGAAUGCACUACUAGAACUGGCCAGGUCCCUGAUGCAGUCAAUGUCCCUGAUGGACAUUGACUCCGGAGCAUUUGACAUAUCAGAUUGGGACGAGCGUCUUCCUCCCCCAGCUGCCAAAACAGCUGUUCAGACGCUACCGGCCGUUAUCAUCUCCCCAGAGCAAGCCGACAAAGGACUGAAGUGCCCUGUGUGCCUGCUGGAGUUUGAGGAGCAGGAAACCGUGCGUGAGAUGCCCUGCAAACACCUAUUCCACUCAGGCUGCAUACUGCCUUGGUUAGGCAAGACAAACUCGUGUCCACUCUGCCGCCUCGAGCUACCAACUGACAACCCAGAAUACGAAGAGUUCAAGAAGGACAAGGAAAGGAGGAAACAGCGAGAGCACAGACUGGAGGAUCUACACGGAGCCAUGUACACAUGAGGACAUGCACCAGAAUGAGUCUGUCACAUAUCUAUCACAGGGCCACAUAUAGGCCGAAAAUAGAUGAAGAAUGUGUGCUGUGUGAGGUUUUUAUGUCUGUAAAUAUGUGCUUUAUAUGCAGUCCAUUGGAAAAGCAUCUCUUUUGUCAUAGCAUUUUAAAUUAUGUAUGGUCACUAUCAUAGUGAAGUAAGCUCUCAGCUGAUAUGAACUUGAUUGUCUUUGCCUUAAAUUGGCAUGUUACCCCUUCCCCUCAUGAUGCAAUAUAAUGACCAAAAACUAUUAUGAAAAUGCUGUAGGUGAACCCUUGACUUCUUGCCCCAUCCCUUACCUAAGACAGUAAGUAGCUGUGGCAUUGAUGGCUGCUUUGGUAUAUAAAUCCUUUCUUGAGGUGGGUGAAGGAAAGUCAAAUCCGUUUAUCAAAUGAGACCAAAGCACAGUUAUUUUGAGUACUGUAAAAACGCAUACCAGGAGUUUUAUCAAAGCUUAAGACAUUUAGCAAAAAUUGAGUUUUCCAUUUCUUCAAACAUUAAAAAGAACGGUACGCAAUGA